CAGAUAGUUGAGCGUGUCUGCUAGUGGUGCUCUGAGGAAAUGCAGUCGCAGCCAUUUGCUGCUCUUUGUGUGACAGUUUCAUCCUAAAGGCAUCAGCAGCAUCAGUAUAAAACACCGGACUGGACGAUCACAUCUUUUUAUCAGUCUGCAUGCAGACGGAUUUAUAACCGGUUGAGGACUGCUAAGUUGUGAAACCAUGACAACUCACGUGACACUGGAAGAUGCCCUCUCUAAUGUGGACCUGUUGGAGGAGCUGCCGUUGCCUGACCAGCAGCCAUGCAUUGAGCCUCCACCAUCAUCCAUCAUGUACCAGGCAAAUUUUGACACCAACUUUGAGGACAGAAAUGCCUUUGUUACAGGAAUUGCCAGAUACAUUGAGCAGGCAACAGUUCACUCCAGUAUGAAUGAGAUGCUGGAGGAGGGGCAUGAGUAUGCUGUGAUGCUGUACACCUGGAGAAGCUGUUCGAGGGCCAUUCCUCAGGUGAAAUGCAAUGAACAACCAAAUCGUGUAGAGAUCUAUGAAAAAACAGUCGAAGUUCUUGAGCCAGAGGUCACCAAACUGAUGAAGUUCAUGUACUUUCAGCGCAAAGCUAUUGAGAGGUUUUGUGGUGAAGUGAAACGUUUGUGCCAUGCAGAGAGACGGAAGGACUUUGUCUCUGAGGCCUACCUUUUAACUUUGGGGAAGUUCAUCAAUAUGUUUGCUGUUCUGGAUGAACUGAAGAACAUGAAGUGUAGUGUGAAGAAUGACCAUUCAGCCUAUAAAAGAGCUGCCCAGUUUCUGAGGAAGAUGGCAGAUCCCCAGUCUAUUCAAGAGUCUCAGAACCUUUCCAUGUUCUUGGCAAACCACAACAGAAUCACCCAGUGCCUCCAUCAGCAGCUGGAAGUCAUCCCAGGCUAUGAGGAGCUCUUGGCUGACAUUGUUAAUAUCUGUGUGGAUUACUAUGAGAAUAAAAUGUACCUGACACCAAGCGAGAAACACAUGCUUUUAAAGGUUAUGGGAUUUGGACUCUACCUAAUGGAUGGAAAUGUUAGCAAUAUUUACAAACUGGAUGCGAAGAAGAGAAUUAAUUUGAGCAAGAUAGACAAGUUCUUUAAGCAACUACAGGUGGUUCCAUUGUUUGGAGAUAUGCAGAUUGAACUGGCCAGAUACAUUAAGACCAGUGCUCACUAUGAGGAGAACAAGUCCAAGUGGAUGUGUACUCAAAGCAGCAUCAGUCCUCAGUAUAACAUCUGUGAACAAAUGGUCCAGAUCAGGGAUGACCACAUCCGUUUCAUAUCUGAACUUGCACGCUACAGCAAUAGUGAGGUUGUUACUGGCUCUGGACUUGAUAGCCAGAAGUCUGAUGAGGAGUAUAGAGAGUUAUUUGACCUUGCACUUCGAGGUCUUCAGCUGCUGUCAAAGUGGAGCGCUCACGUCAUGGAGGUGUAUUCUUGGAAACUGGUGCAUCCCACUGAUAAAUUCUGUAACAAGGAUUGCCCUGGGACAGCUGAAGAAUAUGAAAGAGCCACACGAUACAACUACACCAGUGAGGAGAAGUUUGCCUUUGUUGAGGUGAUUGCAAUGAUUAAGGGCUUACAGGUACUGAUGGGCAGGAUGGAGAGCGUUUUUAACCAAGCCAUCAGGAACACUAUCUAUGCUGCGUUGCAGGACUUUGCUCAGAUAACUCUAAGAGAACCACUGAGGCAGGCGGUCAGGAAGAAGAAGAAUGUGCUGAUAAGUGUAUUGCAGGCAAUUAGGAAAACGGUUUGUGACUGGGAGGGUAGUCGAGAACCACCAAAUGACCCCUGCCUUAGAGGAGAGAAAGAUCCAAAAGGAGGAUUCGAUAUUAAAGUUCCCCGACGUGCUGUUGGACCUUCAAGUACUCAGCUGUACAUGGUGAGAACUAUGUUGGAAUCCCUAAUUGCUGACAAGAGUGGUUCUAAGAAGACUUUGAGAAGCAGCUUGGAUGGUCCAAUAGUCACAGCAAUUGAAGAUUUCCAUAAACAAUCCUUCUUUUUUACUCAUCUGCUAAAUUUUAGUGAAGCCCUGCAGCAGUGUUGUGACCUGUCCCAGUUGUGGUUUCGAGAAUUUUUCCUUGAACUGACCAUGGGCCGUAGGAUCCAGUUCCCAAUUGAAAUGUCCAUGCCAUGGAUUCUAACUGAUCACAUCCUUGAAACAAAAGAGCCAUCAAUGAUGGAGUAUGUGCUUUACCCUCUGGACCUGUAUAAUGACAGUGCUUACUAUGCCUUGACUAAAUUCAAGAAGCAGUUCCUGUAUGAUGAGAUAGAAGCUGAAGUAAACCUGUGUUUUGAUCAGUUUGUGUACAAGCUGGCUGACCAGAUCUUCGCCUAUUACAAGGCAAUGUCCGGAAGUGUGCUGCUUGAUAAGAGAUUUAGAGCUGAAUGCAAAAAUUAUGGUGUGAUCAUCCCAUACCCACCAUCAAAUCGCUAUGAAACAUUACUGAAACAAAGACAUGUGCAGCUGUUAGGCCGAUCAAUUGACCUGAACCGACUGAUCACCCAGCGCAUUUCUGCUGCAAUGUACAAAUCACUAGAUCAAGCAAUCAGUCGCUUUGAGAGUGAGGACCUCACAUCCAUUGUGGAACUUGAGUGGCUACUAGAAAUAAAUCGUCUUACUCACCGUCUGCUGUGCAAACACAUGACUUUGGACAGCUUUGAUGCCAUGUUCAGGGAAGCCAACCAUAACGUCUCUGCACCAUAUGGUCGAAUUACUCUCCAUGUCUUUUGGGAACUGAACUUUGAUUUUUUGCCCAACUACUGCUACAAUGGAUCAACUAACAGGUUUGUACGGACUGCAAUUCCAUUUACACAAGAACCCCAGAGAGAUAAACCUGCUAAUGUUCAGCCAUAUUAUUUGUAUGGAUCAAAGCCUUUAAAUAUUGCAUAUAGCCAUAUCUACAGUUCUUUUCGUAAUUUUGUUGGGCCUCCACACUUCAAGACAAUCUGUAGACUCCUGGGUUAUCAAGGAAUUGCUGUUGUAAUGGAAGAAUUACUGAAGAUCGUAAAGAGUCUACUUCAAGGCACCAUAUUACAGUAUGUGAAGACAUUAAUAGAGGUGAUGCCAAAAAUUUGCCGAUUGCCAAGACAUGAGUAUGGCUCACCAGGUAUUUUGGAGUUUUUCCAUCACCAGCUGAAGGACAUCAUUGAAUAUGCAGAACUGAAGACAGAUGUAUUUCAGAGCCUUAGGGAAGUGGGGAAUGCUAUCUUAUUCUGCCUUCUCAUAGAACAGGCUUUGUCACAGGAAGAAGUCUGUGAUUUGCUGCAUGCUGCUCCUUUCCAGAACAUUCUUCCGAGGGUCUUCAUUAAAGAAGGAGAACGUUUAGAAGUACGAAUGAAGAGACUUGAAGCAAAGUAUGCUCCCUUACAUUUAGUUCCACUAAUUGAACGUCUAGGAACACCUCAGCAAAUUGCCAUUGCUCGGGAAGGUGACUUGCUAACCAAAGAAAGACUGUGCUGUGGGCUUUCCAUGUUUGAGGUGAUCUUGGCUCGAAUUCGCACUUACCUUCCAGAUCCUGUAUGGCGUGGUUCACCGCCUACAAAUGGUGUCAUGCAUGUGGAUGAGUGUGUAGAAUUCCAUCGACUCUGGAGUGCCAUGCAGUUUGUUUAUUGUAUCCCUGUGGGGACAAAUGAAUUCACUGCAGAGCAGUGCUUUGGCGAUGGCUUGAACUGGGCCGGAUGUGCCAUUAUAGUUCUUCUUGGACAACAACGAAGAUUUGAUCUGUUUGAUUUCUGCUACCACCUUCUGAAAGUGCAGAGACAGGAUGGCAAAGAUGAAAUAAUCAAGAAUGUGCCCUUAAAGAAGAUGGCUGACCGAAUCAGAAAGUAUCAGAUACUGAACAAUGAAAUUUUCGCCAUUCUGAACAAAUAUAUGAAGUCUGUGGAAACUGAUAGCUCCACAGUAGAACACGUGCGCUGCUUCCAACCACCGAUACACCAGUCUCUGGCCACCACAUGCUAACAGAAUAUCUUCAGACAAAGAAGCUGUCAACAUGCAUUUGGAUCUGUAAUCUGUACAUGUUCUCUAAGAAUAUACUGUUGCUAUGUAGAGCAACAGACCAGUUUUUGGAUACAGAAAAUACCAUUAAAGCUGUUGCAGUGCUUAAAAAUAUACCGAGAAUAUCUGCCCUCAUAAACAGAAGUGCGAACCAGCCUUAUUUUUCUGCUGGUAUUAUCUAUAGAACAGGAAAAGCUGACAUUUGUUUUUCAUAAUUCAUUUAUAAUUUGAAGAUCACAGACAUUAAAAAACUGCGUUUCAGCUUGCAGUGGCACAAUAGCUAUGUGAUGUUUCUUGUGGGAACUGUAAAAACUGCAUGCAAAGAUGUCUAUUGAUCAAAUCAAGCAUUAAAUCAUCUUGUCGUUUUGACAAAUUCCAUGAUGUCACUCUUUUAUGGACAAUGCAGAGGUUUAUUGGAAGAUUUUCUGAAGGAAGCACUGAAUUUUAACAUAAUUUAUUACAUUUCAGGGAAAGUUAUAAACUUACCUGAAGUCAUAUGAUAGAUCAUUCAAAUGUAUUUUCAGCUACAGAAUGGGAAGUCUUAUUGGCAAUGUUUGUGAUUUUAAUAUGAUUAUUUUUUUUUACUUUAUUUACUAUGUAUUGCUUAAACAUUUAUUUCCGUUUUAUUUUUAUUGUUAAGAUGGGCAAUUUAUUUAUCCAUUUUUCUCUUGCAAAUGCUGAGAUUUUUAUAAGUCACAACAUAAAGAAGGAAACUUGUGCCCAACAACAUGAGCUCUAUGUAAACCUUUUUCUGCCAUUUCUAGUUCUGUUCCCAGUUCUUUAAGCAUGGUUCUACAGUUGUCUUAGACAAAAGGCACCGUGGGGUACACCUACAAAAUAAUCCCACUGAGAGAGGGAGUUUUAGCACUCAUAAACUGGUUUAGUUUGCCAAUACAGCUACAUCAUCCCAUUGCAAGAUUAGUAAAAUAUACCAAGAUAAUAAGAGAGUAGUAGCAGUGUAAAUGUAGUCAAUGGCCCAUGCUACAUUCUCAUUACAUUUUCUGUUCCAAAUCAACUAUCAUUAGAAGUCAUUGUUUCUGAUUUUGUUGAGCCAAAUUUGAAACUCAGAAUUCCUUCUGACUAUGUGACCUUGAGUCUGUAUGUUUGCUGAGUGAGGACUCUGAAAUAAAUAUUUACUUUUGAAACAAA